GGGCCGCGUGGUGCCAACUUCCCGGCUUCUGUCCGGAUCAAUGCAGCUGCUACUGACAGUGCUGAUGAUGCUGGCCACGGUCACAAGAGUUGCGAAUGGCUGUUCAAUAUCAGGAUUGCAGGUCAGCGAGACGAGUGACUCAAGCAUUACAAUCACAUGGACGAACAUCAGCUACGUUGACAACUACACCUUCGAAUUGUACGACAACUUUCAAAACGCAUCCUCAAACUUCAGCACAGAUGGGAGUGCCUACAACUUCACAUUCACGGAGCUGGUUGCGGGCAGGUCGUACACAAUCCACGUCACACUUGGGUGCGUCGGCUUCAGCAACUAUUAUGGCGAAGUGAACGCCUUUACAAAUAUGUCAAUUCGGCUGGCUGGGAAUGCCACCGCAUGUCAGGGCCGGGUGGAGGUGUUCUACAAUGGCGAGUGGGGCACGGUGUGUGACUACUACUGGAGCCCACAGAAUGCCAAGGUCGUGUGUCGUCAGCUGGGUUGUGGGCUCACUGCCUUUGCCGUGUCAUAUGCUUACUUUGGAUUGGGCAGUGGCCCUAACUGGCUUGACCCUUUUCAGUGCUCUGGUUACGAGACUCAGCUUUCCAACUGUUGGAUUUUUUUCUGGGCGAGUGAUUACUGCAGCCACGAUGAAGAUGCCUCAGUCAUCUGCUUGCAAGUGCCAAGUUUCAACGUUUUAACCAUCACCAACAAGACUACCACGACCAUGACAGUCUCAGGGACGAAUUAUCUCCCGGACUCGUUCUCCUUCUGGGUCUACUUGCGAGAGACUGCGAGUGGAAAGUUUGUUACAACAUUGCCGAUUAACUCAACCACGGGAACAUUUACUGGCCUGGUUCCUGGAAGGAACUACUCCGUGUCUGUGGAGGCUUCCAAUACAACCUUUUCAUAUGAGUCAGAUGUGGUCACGGACAGAACUUUGCCUCCACGAGUCAAUGUCUACGUCAUCGUCAACAACUCUACAGCCAUGACGGUCUCAUGGGUGGCUCCUAUUUCAGAUGUUGACUACUACAUAGUCUACUUAAAUGAAACUAACAACGCAUCAGUAGCAUAUGACUUAAAUGUUUCCUCCAAUGUUACAAUGCAGCGCUUUAUUGGUUUGGUUCCUGGUAGAAGUUACCAGACAUCUGUAACAGCGUACAGUGGCAUCAACUCCCAAUCAUCAGCCAUCGUUACUAAAAGGAGCUUUCCUCCACAAGUCACUGUCACCGUCAUCGUCAACAGCCUUACAGCCAUUACGGUCUCAUGGGUGGCUCCUAUUUCAGAUGUGGACUACUACGUGGUAUACUUAAGUGAAACCGACAACCCAACAGCAGUGAUGAGCUUCAUUUUGUACUCCGGUACAACACAAGCAUUUACUGAUCUGGUCCCUGGUAGAAGUUAUGACGCGUCUGUAACCACGCACAGUGGUAUCAACUCCCAAUCGUCAACCAUUGUCACGGGCAUAACCUAUUCUUCAGCUCCCGUCGCACUGGGUGUUACCUGGUGUGCUAGCUGGAUGAGGACUUGAAGGAGCAAUUGAGCGCCGUUCGUCAUUCUGCUCUACCACUUGCUCUUUGACGUUGGACUUGAGCCGAGCGGAUGGAACUGCAACAUGGACACGCACUAAAACAUCACAUUUCUGGAUUGUGCGCGUUGGCCGUUCUUGC